CGCGUCGUCAUUGGUAUCAUCUUCUGCCUGAUAAGCCUUCGCCCUUCUGUUCUCAUCAGCGGUCAACUCUCGAACUGGCCCGUCUUCCAUCGCAUCACGGAUCACAUAAAGGGCCGGGGGAGUGAAAGGCUGAGGCUGAAGCGUCUCAAAGCUCUGUCUGCCACGAUUGGAACUCUGUGGAUCGCGUCAGCUUUAAGAAGACCUCAAGGCCCUGAGUGACAGAGAGCACAAAAUGGCGAUCGACCAACUUCCCGUGCGACUUGUGGUGAACGAGCGAGAGUACGAGUUGCUACGCAGACUCCUGUCGAGACAGUCGCCGAGAGCACAGAAUGUCGGAAAGCAUGAAAAGCAAGAGGACAGCCCAGGAUCAGUCGCCUUCCACGACGACCAUAAAGCAGCUGUUUUUCGCUCUGCGUCGCGGGUGUUUAUGGUCACCUUCGGCUCCCUCAAACUGCUCGGCGCCAUCUUAGACCGUCUUGCAGCGCGCAAAUCUCCCACCGCGACCGCUUCGAGAAAACCCCUCGUGGCAUCGCACUCGAGGAUGGCCCUGUCACUAUCGUCGCUCCUGUUUUUUCACGCAACGCUCUAUCGCAUCUUGGCCAAACUGAGACUGCAGCUUCUCCACGAGAAGGUGCGAGAUAUUCGAGAGCGGUAUCCCCGGAUCUACGCAACACUCACCUCGCGCAUCGCGCCGGCUCUUGGAGCCAGUCUGUCAGGUUUUGCUCUGGGCAUCUGUCCCGCAGACCAGCUCCGGAUCACGCUUGCAAUCUUCGUGGGCUGUCGAGCCCUCGAAUUGGGAUAUGCCGCCAUCGAGCACACGGCGUUGGUCAAGAACAAGCCGUCGUGGCUGGGAAGUUGGGUGCUGUUUGCUCUGGCACAGGGGCAGUUGUUCCACGCGUUCGUGUUCGACCGCGACUGCUUCCCCGAGGCAUAUGGGUCCUUCAUCCUGGGAUACACACCAGAAUAUAUCCAACCUCGACCGGCAAACCUCUCAUCAAAGGUUGUAUGGCCGACACCCAGCAACAUUCUGGACGCCCUUGCACAAAUGGCACAAUUGAGAUGGCCCAACUUUGUUUCGCCAAUCCUGCAUCCCAAUGAGGUGCAGACGCUACCGGCAGGGAUUGAUCCCGUCAUUUCGCCCAUCACGUCACGGGCACAUCCAGGCAUCCAACAUCUGUCGUGUGCACUCCUCCACCCAUCGGACCCAUCAUGCUUCAUGGCAUACAUACGGCACAUGUUGAUUUCGUUCCCGCAGUUGGCAAAGUUCUUUACCAAGUACUACGGAGCGCUGGCAUUGCUGCGGCUAAGGAUGAUGAUCAAAGCACCACUGGCGUCGCUCAACGGGCUGUCUGAGGCUGUUUUGAGGUCCACAGUAGCCGUAUCUGGGGCGAUUGGCGCCGCUUGGGGGAGCAUUUGUCUAUUCCAGGCGAUCUUGCCUCGCGCAUUUCUACCCAAAUUCCGAUUCUUCCUCAGCGGGUUUCUGGGCGGGAUGUUCCAAGUGUUCGACCGAACGCCAGCUGGCCAUGCCAAUUCCUUGUAUGCGGCACGAACGAGUGUUGAUUCCUUGUGGAAAGUGGGCGUCAAACGUCGAUGGUGGAGAGGCAUUCGGGGAGGCGACGUGUGUGUGUUUGUGGCUGCCCUGGCACUCGUCAACGUGGUAUAUGACUUGGGGAAGGACACGGCGGCGGGGCAAGACCGAGCGAUGAUGUUGAUCAAGGUGCUGAGGGGAGAGGCCGAGCUCGGACUCCGAAAGAAAAAGGAGGAGGCCACAAUGACGGAGGAAGGAAAUGAUGAGGUAACGUCCCAGUAGUGCAGGCGCAUGACAAGGCUGGGAAGAGCUUGACAAGGCUCUCAGGUACCUCUGGCUCUACACUGCAUUGGGGAAAGUCUGUGCGAGAUAAACCAUUGCCCGGCCGUGCUUCGGUGUUUUUUACCGCCUUUAACACGAG